UUUAAAUCAAUCACGUUUGGACUGAAGGUAUUACAAUUACAAGUGUAAGACUUCGUGUCUCACUGAAUGAUUUCUGAUUUUGUAAAAAUGUAUAAAAUGAAGAUUCAAUCAAAAGCUUACAUCAAAUAAACAUCAUGAGAACUCAAAUCAAAGUUGUGUCAAUUUGUUUGCUUUUGCAUUGUGUAACAUCAAAUGAAAUAUCCUUUUUUAAAAGUUCUAACCUUGCCCAUGGCCAUGCUCGUCAAUACAAAAACAACAUCUUAAACUCUGGCGGUCGUGAGCCUUCGUCUUCACCAACAACAUCACCAAUUCAAUACAUGGAAACCCCGAAUUUUGAUAUUAUGUUGCUAAGAGAAGAAAAUUCCAAUCCAACAUGGAGAAAAUAUUCCGAACUCUUUCAACCAAAGGACCUACGCAAUGCACCGCAUAUUGAGCAAUUACACAAGCCAACUAAUAAUAAUGCUGCUGCUGCUGCUGCUGAUGGAAGAGCAUAUAAUGUGGAUCCAGUUAUAGAUCGUAUAUUGGCAUUACUCGAUGAUGAUGAACAAAAGAUGCUUGAUGAUUUGAGGAAAAGUUAUGAGAAACCAAUUUAUACAAAUGUUCAACAUCCUCCAAUGACGAGGAGAAGGCCAAUUGUUAUUGAAAGUCAAACCGAAGCAAGUAAUUCAAGACGCAUGAUGGACAAUCAUCAUCAGGAGCCAAAGUCAAAUCAGAUUAGAGACUUGCUGUAUAAGGUACCUUGUAAUGAGGGGUAUGUUUUCCUAAUAGAAAGUCAAAAGAAUCCUAUGAAUCCAAAUGCUUUGAGUGAUUUGCUUUUGAGAGUGAUGAAAGUUGUCACCAAGAUGGCAUAAGAUUGGUUAUAAAUUUUUUUAUAAUAAAAAAUAAAUUUUUAAAAAUUAGUUUUAGUGAUAAAACUAGCAAUAAUAAUAU